AUGCAUCGGAGUAUUGCUUCAAAAAAUAUUAAUCUUUGUGAUAAUGGUCGUGUUUUAUUAGAUAAUUUUUCUCAUUAUGAUUAUAAUUUAAAAAGUGGUAUAUAUAGUUUAGGUAUAGUUGCAUGUAAACUUGCUAAUGGUUGUCAUAAUUAUAUUAACAUGCCUUUUGGAAAUUUAAGUAUGUUAUAUGCUAAAAUACAAGGUUCAGAACCGAUUUUACUUGAUCAAACUCAAUUAACAGAAGAAAUGAUGACAUUUAGUGAUAAUAGUCACAGUUUAUAUAUUCAAGAAAUAAAAAAACGAAGAUACACAAAAGAAUUUCAUUCAUUUAUUAAAUCGUGUGUAUCAACACGUCUUGAACGAAGAUGUUCAUCUGAUGAAUUACAAAUAUAA